AUGCCGCACAAACACAAGAGAAAGAGGGGCGACGACGAAGCAGAAUUCAAUCUGCCCCCCUCCCAACGAGCGCGAGCUUUACCUGUCGGAUCGAAGAAUGCCGGAAAAGAUGGUUCCCAAAAGGGAAAAAAGGGCAAGAAGGCGCGCAAGGAGAACGACGCACCGAGAGCGUUUAGGCGGCUCAUGGCUGUCGCACAGGGCAAGAAAGUGAGGUCUGGGCUCGACGAUGGAACCGAGGGCAAGCCGACUGCGAAGGAACAGGCACCAGAGCUCAAGAUCCGGCCUGGAGAGGAUCUGCGGUCCUUCUCUCACCGUGUAGAUGCUGCCCUGCCCGUUGCUGGCCUCACAAAAAAGACGGUUGUCAAGGAUGGCAAGGAUGAGGCUGGUCUCAAGGUCUACCGUACGAGGAAGGAGAGGAAGAUGCACAAGCUCUACGAUCAAUGGCGCGCUGAAGAGCGCAAGAUUCAGGACCAGCGCGAGGAGGAGGCUGAUGAAGCCAUUGGCCGAGAACUGGACGAAGAUCCUACGGGUGCUACGGCGCUGGCACAGUCAGAGCUCAACGAAGCCCUGAGCAAGCGAUCCAGGAGGAAGCGCGGCAAGGUCGAUGACGAUCCAUGGGCUGAGCUGAAGAAGAAGAGGGCUGAGGCCAAGGUUGCGGUGCACGACCAGGCCCAAGCACCCCCUGAGCUGAACAAGGGCACGUCGCGACAGCUCAAGGUGGAGGGCGCCACGGCAAACGUGGGCAAUGUCCCCAAAUCGGCGGGCAGUCUUAAGCGCCGGGAGGAACUGCAGGAGAUUCGCGCAGACGUCGUGGACGCGUAUCGACGAAUUCGGGAACACGAACAGGCCAAGUUGAAUAGAGCAUAG